AUGGAGUUGUGUGGUGGUGCCAGGUGUCCUGUGGAAAGAGUGCUAAAAGAGAGCGCGAAGCUGGCUUUUAAAGCAGUCUCGCUGUUGGAUGACCCGUUCACCCAUGAGGGUCCUGCCAGAGCAAGAACCAUGGCUUAUUUUGGAGAAGGGAAAGGGCCCAUCCACAUGGACAACGUGAGGUGCACGGGCACAGAGAGGACCUUGGCCAACUGUGUCAAGCGAGACUUCGGGAGACACAACUGUCGACAUGGCGAAGACGCAGGGGUUAUUUGUGAUUACUCUGGCACGAAGACCUCGGGCAGCAGUAGUACAGAGCCCCUCUCGGCUGUUUGUGGUCUGAGAUUGUUGCACCAUCGGCAGAAGCGCAUCAUUGGUGGAAAAAAUUCUUUAAGGGGUGGCUGGCCCUGGCAGGUUUCCCUCCGGCUGAAGUCACCCCAUGGAGGUGGCAGGCUCCUGUGCGGGGCAACGCUUCUCAGCAGCUGCUGGGUCCUGACGGCAGCUCACUGCUUCAAGAGGUAUGGCAACAGCUCCAGGAACUAUGCUGUUCGGGUUGGGGAUUAUCAUACUCUGGUGCUGGAAGAGUUUGAAGAAGAAAUUGGAGUGCAGCAAGUUGUGAUGCAUCAGCAGUACCGACCAGACAGCAGUGACCAUGACAUCGCCCUGGUCAGACUGCAAGGACCAGAGGAGCAGUGUGCCAGACUCAGCAGCCAUGUUCUGCCAGCCUGUUUGCCACUGCAGAGAGAGCGGCCACAGAAGACAGCCUCCAACUGCUACAUAACAGGCUGGGGAGACACAGGACGAGCCUAUUCAAGGACACUACAACAAGCAGCCAUCCCUGUACUUCCCAAGAGGUUUUGUGAAGAACGGUAUAAGGGUCGGUUUACAGGGAGAAUGCUCUGUGCUGGAAACCUCCAGGAACACAGACGUGUGGACAGCUGCCAGGGAGACAGCGGGGGACCACUCAUGUGCAAGAGGCCUGGAGAAAGCUGGGUUGUGUAUGGGGUGACUUCCUGGGGGUAUGGCUGUGGAGUCAAGGGCUCCCCUGGUGUUUACACCAAAGUCUCAGCCUUUGUACCUUGGAUAAAAAGCAUCACUAAACUGUGAUUCUGGAAACCUCAGAACAAAUAGUAUUAAAAGGAACUUAUGAAAAACUUUUAACCUCAACCUUUACCUGUAAACCAGAUGACAACUGUGAGGGUUUCAUGUUCCUUGAUAUUUGUUUAUAGAAAUUGUGUACCUUUGCUGAUUUUGAGACUUUGUGAAGUUUUGGUUCAGAUACCUCAGUGUUAUCUUUAGCAUUGUUACCUACCCAAAUUUUACCGAAGUAAACUUUCUCUUACCUUUUUUUGGUAGCAGGUACUUAACCCAGGGAUGCUUAACCACUGAGCCACAUCCCUAGCCCUUGAGGCUGGCCUUAAACUUGGCAUCCUCCUGCCUCAGCCUCUGUGAUUACAGACAUGUGU